AUGCCAGACAUUUCGGAGUACCGUCUCGGAAGCGCAUGUAGAAUAAAUAACUCAGAUCAGUUUUCAGAAAAGGCAGAUUCUCAGGUUUCCAGUCUGGAUCCAUCUGGUUCGAAUGCAUUGAAACCUGGAGAGUGUACAGUUCCUGUUCAAGAAUUGCAGCAUGUAAUCAGUGAUAGGCCGUCUUCUGACGAUGACGCUUCUAAUAACAAUAACCCAAAUAUGGAGGAGAUCACCUGCUGUUGUCAUGAAAGUAAAAAUGAAUGCGGUAUACUCAAUGAUUCAAAUUCAUCAUCUUGGUUGCGACGUCUAUUUACAUCAAGCUUAUUUAAUUUAGAUAUGACAAUUCAAUAUUUAUUUAAAUCAGAGGAUGUAAAUGUACAAAUGUAUUUGGCUGAUCGAUUAUUUGGUUUUCCAGAAUCUGAUGUAGACUUUUACUUAUUACAACUUGUUUCUCUCUAUGAAAAAUCGCCUUCAUUAGCUGAACACUUAACUAAUUAUUUUAUAUAUCGAUGUACAAAAUCUGUUUCAUUUGCAAUAAAUCUUGUUUGGUUAUUGGAUACAUUCAGUUCACAUUCAUAUAAUCCAUUGAAACGUGUCUCAUCUAUUCUACUUAAUCGUCCAUCAUCAGUACCAAUAUUCUCUUAUGUAUCUAAUCAAUUGUAUUUAAUGAAUUCCAGUGAUAAUUCUCAAUCAAUCAAUACUACUACUACUAAUAAUAAUAGUAAAUUUAUUAAAUUAAAAUCUAGUUCAUCGGCUAUUACACCUUUACAAGAAUUAGAUUAUCAUAAUAAUAAUAAUAAUAAUGAUGGUAAUGAAAAUUACAGUACAAAUAUGGUUCCUACACCUAUUACAACUACGACUAAUAAUUCAACAGAAUUGUCCAAUGAUAAUCGAUUUGUGUAUACUGCACAAACUUUAAGGGAUUUAUUGCUACCGAUUGAUGAGACUACAUGGGGUAGUUUUAUUCCACAAUCAAUAGUCAAUGGAAGCUACAACAUGGGAUCGUAUAAUAAUGUUAAUACUCACUAUACACAUAAUACUUCUUCUCCAUUAUCUAAUUGUAAAUUAUCUCCAAAUAUUCAUCAUAAUAUCGGGCAUAAACGAAGUACAUCUGAUGUAACAAGUUUAAGAAAUUAUCAUUAUUAUGUAGAUAAAUCCAGACAUCGUGUUGUUAUGGAUCAAUUAGAUCUAAUGAAUAAUACUGAAACAAAUCAAUCUAUAGUAACAAUAAUUUCUAAUCCAAAUCGUUGGUCAUCAUCAUCACAAGAUUCAGCGGUUUGUUUAUCAACUAAUGAUGUAAUCAAUGAUGAUCUUGUAAAUAAUUCACUAACAACUAUUUCUAAUAAUAUAACAAAUCAAAUAACAUUAAAUUCAAUAUGUCCUAUAAUAAAUCAUUUAUCAAAUCAAAUCAAUCCUUUAUUAAAUGAAAAUCGACAUUCAUUACAUCAAUUACAUUUGAAUAAUAAUAAUAAUAAUAAUAAUAAUAAUAAUACCAAUCUUGAUCCAAAUCUACUUAAAUCAAGUAUGAGUAUGAAUAAGAUUAUUACAAAAGAAAUUCUACCACAGUCAUGUCUUCCGAAACAUUCUCGUUCAUCAGUUAAUUUACAACAAUUAAAUUCAUCAUUAUCUAUCAUGAAUGAUGAUAAUUCUGCUCAAAUUAAAUCAUUAUCAUCUUUAAAUCAAACUGCUACUGUUGGUGGUGAGAAUAAUGAUAGGAAUGAUGUUGAUUGCAACUUAUCCUCAUACUCUACAAAUAAUAUAACUUCUGACUUAAUGCUUGGAUCCUUAGAAGGAGUACCAGUAGUUACAACGACAACACUCACUAAAACAAAGUCAAUGAAUGAAGCAAGGAACAAUCCAAAUCAUACUAUAGAAUCUUGUAGUUCCACAACAGAAUCUUCAAGUCCAUUUGACAGUGGUCUGUAUAUGACAGCUCCUAAUCGUUGUAUACAUAGUAGUUACGAUGGUGUUGGUGUUGUUGACCAUGGUGAUGACGAUGAUGAUAAUGAUAAUCAUGGUGUUAAAAUGCAAUCACCAGACAAUUCAUUCCAUUUACCACAUUGUCCACAUUAUCACACUACUUCAUCAGUUAUGUAUCGAACUUUAACAUUACGUAAUUAUCUAGUUCCUAGAAUAAUUCCUGAAUGGGAUUUUGUUGAUGGUCUUUUGAGAAUAGCUCGUCGAUUAGUACCAAUUAGUCCCAAAGAGCAAAGAACUGCUCAUUUACAGGCAGAAUUAGCAAAUAUAAAUCUUCAUUUACCUGCCCGUGUAUGGUUACCAGUAUAUAAAGCUGGUCAUAUUGUUUUACGUAUUCCACCAACUGCUGCGGUAUGUUUAAAUUCUAAGGAUAAAGUACCAUUUUUAAUCUAUGUAGAAAUAUUGUGCUGUGAUGAUCCAUCAAUUAUUUCUUUACCAAGUCGACCGAUAACAGCAGCCAGUUCAAAAAGUUCCAAUUCAUUAUCUGCUGUUUAUCCAUGGAAUCCUAAUUCACAUACAGAUUGUUUUUCAUCUAAUGAAAUGACAGAAAAUCAUGAAAUCAAUAUCAAUACACAUACAUCCGAUGAAUUAAGUCUUCGUUCCUCUUCUAUAUCAUCUAAUGUUUCUUUAAGUGAAGAAGCAAUAAAUCCUACAGAAUUUAAUCAUCAUCAUCAACAACAACAACAACAACAACAUCAACAUCCUCAUUAUCAUUUAACUAUAGAUGAAAUGGAUGAAAGAAAAGAGCUUCCAACUCAAUGUAUACAUAAUCCAUAUGAAAUUAAUGAAACUAUAAUUAAAGAUGAUACUAUCAUAGCAACUGAUUCAAUAACAGUAACUAAUACUAAUCAAUCUAAAUCACCAAUUAUUUAUAUUGGAGCUGGUGAAAUACGUAAUCGACUUAAAGAACAAUGUGAACUUCAACCGCAUAAAUCGUUUAGAUGUGAUCCAGAAGAUCCAAGUGCAGCAGUGUUAAAAGAACCAUGGCAUGUGAAAUGUGAACGUAUACGUGCUACAUCACCAUGGGGUAGUUUACCAGGAUGGAUUUUAACUAGUGCUAUUGUAAAAGUUGGUGAUGAUUUAAGACAAGAACAAUUAGCUUAUCAAUUACUUACUGUGUUAAAAAAUAUUUGGUCAAUGGAAUAUGUUCCAUUAUGGUUACGUCCAUUAAGUGUAGUUGUUAUAUCAUCUGAUAGUGGUUUUAUUGAACCUGUUCCUGAUACUGUAUCAUUUCAUCAAAUUAAACGACAUGCUCAUUUAUCAUUAUUAGAUUAUAUGCAUCGUGAACAUGGUGGUGAUAAUUCUGAAGAGUUUUUAACUGCUCAACGUAAUUUUUUACAUAGUUGUGCUGCUUAUUGUUUAGUUGGUUAUUUAUUUCAAGUUAAAGAUCGACAUAAUGGUAAUAUAUUAUUAGAUAAUCAUGGUCAUGUUAUACAUAUUGAUUAUGGUUUCAUGUUAUCUUCAUCACCGGGGAAAAAUUUAGGCUUUGAAACAAGUCCAUUUAAAUUAACAUUAGAACAAAUUGAUGUUAUGGGUGGUUUAAAUAGUGAUUUAUUUGAAUAUUUUAAAUUUCUUUUAUUACGUGGUUUAUUAGCUGCACGUAAACAUAUGGAACAGAUUUGUGUAUUAGUUGAAAUAGCUCAUGCUACCUGUCCACAAUUACCAUGUUUUGCUCGUGGUAAUAGUUCACGAACUAUUACUGAUUUACGUCAACGAUUUCAAUUAUCACGUACAGAAGAACAAUUAAAACAAUUAGUUGAUCAAAUGGUUCAUAAUUCAUUAAAUUCAGUUACAACAAAAUUAUAUGAUAGUUUUCAAUAUUAUACAAAUGGUAUACAAUAA